AUGAGCCAGAGGGACCUUAAUUUGAGGCAACGUCGUUGGAUUGAGCUCUUGAAGGACUAUGAUGUCUCUAUUCUGUAUCAUCCGGGCAAGGCGAAUGUGGUAGCAGACGCCUUGAGACGAAAGGCAGUGAGUAUGGGUAGUCUAGCCUUCUUAUCUAUAAAAGAGAGACCCUUGGCUUUGGACAUUCAGUUUUUAGCCAAUAGCAUGUUUGAGGAUAAAGACUUGGUGGCCCUUAGAGAUCGAGUGUUAGCGAGUGAUGGUGAUCAGGAUACCUUAGAUCCUGAUGGAGUGUUAAGAUUCGUCGGUUGCAUCUGUGUCCCGAGAAUUGGGGAUUUGAUACAUGGCAUGAGACGAGAUAUUGCUGACUUUGUUUCUCAUUGCUUGUGCUUACAGCAGGUAAAGGCCGAGCAUUUGAGGCCUAGUGGUGAAAUUCAAAGAUUACCCAUUCCGGAGUGGAAGUGGUACCGCAUCACUAUGGAUUUUGUGUUGGCCUACCGCAGACUUUUAGAGGAGUUGAUAACAUUUGGGCAUCAUUGA